AUGAUCCGCGAUGAUGACGACCCACCAAUCCAGACAGCAGUAUGUGCAGUCUCAAAGCAAACCGAUCAGGAUGGUUACAGUACCCGUGAUAUCUAUGAUGUUGGUAAUAUCGGCGACAAGACCACCAACACAAGCAUGAGCGAUGAUACGAUCACCAUCGCUAACUGUGGUGAGGCAGCCAAGAACGCGAAGAUCCGCGAGGAGCUUAUCAAUGAUACGAAAGUUGCUUCCGACAAAAUCGCUAUCUCGAUUUUGAGCAAAUACGACCCGUUCCAUAGAGAGUCUUUUCUCGAUGAGUUGGAGAGCAUAAUCACUCAGGUUUACAUGAAAAUGAUGAAUCCGGAACUGAAGAUGGAAACCACAACGUUUUACGGCUGGCGUCAAACAAGAGAGGUACAGCUGCGGCGUCGUGCACUGGUUCGAGCAGUACUUAUCUCUCGCGCGUACGACGCCCCCUGA